GGGGGCGGGGCCGUUGCGAGCCCUGCGGCGAAUGAUUUAAAGGGGCCGCGCCCCGCCGCACUGGGCGAAAAGCAAGCAGAGCUGGUGCUGAAAGGUGUCCGGGCGGCGAGCCCCAGUCCCUGGACGGCGGCACCCAAUGGGCGGGGCUGGCGCUGCAGACGGGGAGGACCUGCCACCUGGUCCGAGCACCGCGAUGGAGGCCCCUCUGCAAACCGGCAUGGUGCUGGGCGCGAUGAUCGGGGCCGGGGUGGCGGUGCUGGUCACGGCCGUGCUGAUCUUGCUGCUGGUGCGGAGGCUCCGGGUGCAGAAAGCCCCAGCUCCGGAUGGGCCGCGGUAUCGAUUCAGGAAGAGGGACAAAGUGCUGUUCUAUGGCCGGAAGAUUAUGCGGAAGGUGUCCCAGUCCACUUCCUCCCUGGUCGACGCCUCCGUCUCCACCACCUCCCGGCCCCGCAUGAAGAAGAAACUCAAGAUGCUCAAUAUAGCCAAGAAGAUCUUGCGGAUCCAAAAGGAGACGCCCACCCUGCAGCGGAAGGAACCCCCUCCUUCAGUCCUGGAAGCCGACCUGACAGAGGGAGACCUGGCCAACUCCCACCUGCCUUCUGAAGUACUCUACAUGCUCAAGAACGUCCGGGUCCUGGGCCACUUCGAGAAGCCGCUGUUCCUGGAGCUGUGUCGUCACAUGGUGUUCCAACGCCUGGGCCAAGGCGACUAUGUCUUCCGGCCGGGUCAGCCUGACGCCAGCAUCUAUGUAGUGCAGGACGGGUUGCUUGAGCUCUGUCUGCCGGGGCCCGAUGGGAAAGAGUGUGUGGUGAAGGAAGUGGUCCCUGGCGACAGUGUCAACAGCCUUCUCAGCAUCCUGGAUGUGAUCACGGGACACCAGCAUCCGCAGCGCACUGUGUCUGCCAGGGCAGCCCGCGACUCCACCGUCCUGCGGCUGCCGGUGGAGGCCUUCUCGGCGGUCUUCACCAAGUAUCCCGAGAGCUUAGUCCGGGUCGUGCAGAUCAUCAUGGUGAGGCUGCAGAGGGUCACCUUCCUGGCUCUGCACAACUACCUGGGGCUGACCAACGAGCUCUUCAGCCACGAGAUCCAGCCUCUGCGCCUCUUCCCUAGCCCGGGUUUGCCAGCCCGCACUAGCCCCGUGCGUGGCUCCAAGCGGGUGAUGGGUAUCUCGGCCACAGAAGAACCCCCACUGCCUGGACCCGCAGGGGACCCUGUGAAGCCCACCUCCCUGGAUGCCCCCUCUGCCCCCCUGUUGAGUCGCUGCAUCUCCAUGCCUGUAGACAUAUCAGGCCUGCAGGGCGGCCCCCGCUCCGACUUCGACAUGGCCUACGAGCGCGGCCGCAUCUCCGUGUCGCUGCAGGAAGAGGCCGCAGGGGGAUCCCAGGCAGCGCCCACCCGGACCCCCACUCAGGAGCCCCGGGAGCAGCCAGCAGGUGCCUGUGAGUACAGCUACUGCGAGGACGAGUCAGCCUCGGGGGGCUGCCCCUUUGGGCCCUACCAGGGCCGCCAGACCAGCAGCAUCUUCGAUGCAGCCAAGCGGGAGCUGGCCAAACUCAUGCGGAUUGAGGAUCUCUCCCUCCUCAACAGCCGGGUCUUGCUGCACCACGCCAAAGCCGGCACCAUCAUUGCCCGCCAGGGAGACCAGGACGUGAGCCUCCACUUCGUGCUGUGGGGCUGUCUGCACGUCUACCAGCGUAUGAUUGACAAGGCCGAGGACGUGUGCUUGUUCGUGGCGCAGCCCGGGGAGCUGGUGGGGCAGCUGGCGGUGCUCACAGGGGAACCCCUUAUCUUCACCCUGCGGGCACAGCGUGACUGCACCUUCUUACGCAUCUCCAAGUCUGACUUCUACGAGAUCAUGCGUGCCCAGCCGAGUGUGGUGCUGAGUGCCGCCCACACGGUGGCCGCCCGGAUGUCACCUUUUGUGCGCCAGAUGGACUUCGCCAUCGACUGGACGUCAGUGGAAGCCGGCCGAGCCCUGUACAGGCAGGGCGACCGCUCAGACUGCACCUAUAUCGUCCUGAACGGGCGACUGCGGAGUGUCAUUCAGAGAGGCAGUGGCAAGAAGGAGCUGGUCGGGGAAUAUGGCCGCGGAGACCUUGUGGGCGUGGUGGAGGCGCUGACUCACCAGUCGCGGGCCACCACGGUGCACGCAGUGCGGGACACGGAGCUGGCCAAGCUCCCCGAGGGGACCUUGGGUCACAUCAAACGCCGGUACCCCCAGGUCGUGACCCGUCUCAUCCACCUGCUGAGCCAGAAAAUCCUGGGGGAUUUGCAGCAACUCCCGGGACCUUUCCCAGGUUCGGGGCUGGGCGUCCCCCCUCAUGCAGAGCUCACCAACCCGGCCAGCAACCUGUCCACGGUGGCAGUGCUGCCUGUGUGCACGGAGGUGCCCAUGGUGGCCUUCACCUUGGAGCUGCAGCACGCGCUGCAGGCCAUUGGCCCCACACUCCUACUUAACAGUGACAUCAUCCGGGCUCGCCUGGGGGCCUCGGCGCUGGACAGCAUCCAGGAAUUCCGGCUGUCGGGGUGGCUGGCCCAGCAAGAGGACGCCCACCGGAUAGUAUUGUAUCAAACUGACACGUCACUGACACCGUGGACCGUGCGCUGUCUGCGCCAAGCUGACUGCAUCCUCAUCGUGGGCCUGGGUGACCAGGAGCCCACGCUCGGCCAGCUGGAACAGAUGCUGGAGAACACGGCGGUGCGUGCCCUCAAACAGCUGGUCCUGCUGCACCGAGAGGAAGGCCCCGGCCCCACCCGCACCGUCGAGUGGCUGAAUAUGCGCAGUUGGUGCUCGGGACACCUGCACCUUCGCUGCCCACGCCGCCUCUUUUCACGCCGCAGCCCUGCCAAGCUGCACGAACUCUACGAGAAGGUCUUCUCCAGGCGCGUUGACCGCCACAGCGACUUCUCCCGCCUGGCCCGGGUGCUCACGGGCAACACCAUCGCGUUGGUGCUGGGCGGGGGCGGGGCCAGGGGCUGCUCACAUAUCGGGGUGCUGAAGGCACUGGAGGAAGCAGGGGUCCCCGUGGACCUGGUGGGCGGUACCUCCAUUGGCUCCUUCAUCGGGGCGCUGUACGCGGAGGAGCGGAGCGCCAGCCGCACCAAGCAGCGCGCCCGGGAGUGGGCCAAAAGUAUGACGUCCGUCCUAGAGCCCGUGCUGGACCUGACCUACCCUGUCACCUCCAUGUUCACGGGGUCCGCCUUCAACCGCAGUAUCCACCGAGUCUUCCAGGAUAAGCAGAUAGAGGACUUGUGGCUGCCGUAUUUCAACAUAACCACGGACAUCACUGCCUCGGCUAUGCGGGUUCACAAAGAUGGCUGCGUGUGGCGCUAUGUCAGGGCCAGCGCCUCCUACUGCCCUUACCUGCCCCCACUGUGUGACCCCCGGGAUGGCCACUGGCUGGUGGACGGCUGUUACCUCAACAACCUACCAGGCUCCCUGUGGCGAUAUGUACGAGCCAGCAUGACGCUCUCGGGGUACCUACCCCCGCUGUGUGACCCCAAGGAUGGGCACCUCCUCAUGGAUGGCGGCUAUAUCAAUAACCUGCCAGCGGACAUUGCCCGCAGCAUGGGGGCCAAGACGGUUGUGGCCAUCGAUGUGGGAAGCCAGGACGAGACAGACUUGAGCACCUAUGGCGACAGCCUGUCGGGCUGGUGGCUGCUGUGGAAACGGCUGAACCCCUGGGCUGACAAGAUCAAGGUCCCCGACAUGGCGGAGAUCCAGUCCCGUCUGGCCUACGUGUCUUGCGUGCGGCAGCUCGAGGUGGUCAAGUCCAGCUCCUACUGUGAGUACCUCCGGCCUCCCAUCGACUGCUUCAAGACCAUGGACUUUGGAAAAUUCGACCAGAUCUAUGAUGUGGGGUACCAGUACGGGAAGGCCGUGUUCGGGGGCUGGAGUCGGGGGGACAUCGUUGAGAAGAUGCUCACUGACCGGCGUUCCACGGACUUGAAUGAGAGUCGCCGGGCUGAUGUUCUGGGUUUCCCCAGUUCUGGCUUCACUGACCUGGCGGAGAUUGUAUCCAGGAUCGAACCCCCAACCACCAUCUACGUCUCCGACGGCUGUGGAGAUGGGGAGGAAUCGGACUGCCUGACAGAGUAUGAGGAGGAAGUGGGCCCCGAAUGCUCCCGGGACGAGGGGGGCUCCCCAGUGGGCGCCAGCCCCAGCACAACCUCGGAGAUGGAGGAAGAGAGAUCAGGGUUGCGACAGCGUCUCUUGACACCCCAAAGUCCCCCCACCAGCUCGGACACCUGAGGCCCCGGAUUCUCAGACGCCCCACCUGGAGGGGCACGGGGGUGGGUGGAGCCCCCACACACACAUUGCCUGCUGCUAUGCCUGGGUCCCAAUCCCCCCCUCACCUCGGAAGCCCUCUGGGUGGGUGGGUGUGGGGGGGUGGAGGGGCGCUGCACUGAUGAUCUUUGACCCUCUCAAUAAACCUGCCCUC